CCAAGCUCCAGCGUGAGUGCGAGUAGCAGCUGUCGGCUGGAAGGAACUGGUCUGUCUGGUCACACUCCCUGAGCUGGCGUCUGACUCCUGGGAGAGACAUUCGUAGCUGCUCCGACUGCCUUCGCCUUGGACUCGCAGUGAGAGGCCUCCCUGUGGACACCGAGUGUCCAUCCUCAGCACUUGGAUUUCUACAGCGCCCAGGGCCAGAUCCCCAAAGACUUCCAGGUCCUAGACCCCAGCAGACGCGGAACGAUGGCCUCCAUGGGGCUUCAGGUGAUGGGCAUUGCGCUGGCCGUGCUGGGCUGGCUGGGCGCCAUCCUGAGCUGCGCGCUGCCCAUGUGGCGGGUCACGGCCUUCAUCGGCAGCAACAUCGUCACAUCGCAGACCAUCUGGGAGGGCCUGUGGAUGAACUGCGUGGUGCAGAGCACCGGCCAGAUGCAGUGCAAGGUGUACGACUCUAUGCUGGCGCUGCCGCAGGACCUGCAGGCGGCCCGCGCCCUCAUCGUCAUCUGCAUCGUCGUGGCUGUGAUAGGCGUGCUGCUGUCCGUGAUGGGUGGCAAGUGCACCAACUGCGUGGAGGACGAGAGCAGCAAAGCCAAGAUCAUGAUCGUGGCGGGCGUGGUGUUCAUCCUGGCCGGCCUGCUGGUGAUGGUGCCCGUGUCCUGGACGGCCAACACCAUCAUCCGCGAUUUCUACAACCCGCUGGUGGCCUCUGGUCAGAAGCGGGAGAUAGGGGCCUCACUCUACGUGGGCUGGGCGGCUGCCGGCCUGAUGAUGCUUGGCGGGGCCCUGCUCUGCUGCAACUGCCCGCCCCGUGCUGACAAACCCUACUCGGCCAAGUAUUCUGCCGCCCGCUCCGCCCCCGCCAGCAACUACGUGUAAGGUGCCACUGCUCGACUCUGUUGACUUUGUUUCUCCCUGGACUGAGCUCAGCGCAGCUUCUAACCCCAGGAUGGCCCUGCCGUGGCCCGCACGCUGCUGGGGGAUGGGCAAGCAGGGACUGAGACAGGACAUUGGCCAGCAGCCCUCAGCCCCUUCUGGCCCUCUCGGAUACCUUCCUAAGGCCUCCUCUACACUCCGAGGACGGACUGAAAGACUUCCUAGCCACCUUCCUCUGAAUGGAUAUGGACACGGGGGCCGGGGAGGGGGUGGGGUGGGGGGGCAGCAAACGGGCAUGGCAGUGGAGCGGGGAGCUGACUCUUGCUGGCCAGGACGGCUCAGCCCUGACUCUACUUGGGAUCUCUGACUGGGUGCCCUGCCAAUGCCCGUGUUGGCCACUGUUCUUUGAUCAUCCCCACUCCCUCCAAGUGCCUUCUGUGGAAACCCUGUGGCCAUGAGAAUGGCUGGGGCCUCACCCACCCACCUGCCUACGGAGCAGAGUUGACGGACGGGUUUAGAAGGGAGGGGUGAAGGUGCUACAAACUGGUUUGGGUAGUGGUGGGGGAGGGGGCUGUAGAGGCAGCCCUGGCUGCCCACCCUGUAGCCUCAGUGGCUUCAGCAGGAGAACCCUGGGCCCCUUGAAACUGGCCACUUCGAUCUGCCAAUGUCAAGGUCACUGGCUGGCCUGGGGAAGGCAGAGGAACAGUCUUACUCUGGCCUUCAUCCUGGGGCUUUUUCCUGCCUCCUCUGUGGUUUGUUUUGUAAUAUAAGAUCUAUUUGUCACGGUAAUUACUAUUAUUUUCUACAAUAAAUGAGACCUGUGCACAGGAA